GGAGGGUUGUGAAUCAUAUUGCACAGGGAGGUGGGAAGAGCAGGCUCUGAGAAGGGAUUGAUACCCUCUGUUACCUAAAGGCUGAGGCAUUCUGUCUCACUAGUUCAGGAGACUGACCAGACUGAAAGACACUGCAGUGGAUUUCUAGGUGUCUUGGCGCUCACCACAUCCUAACACUUGAAAAUGGAGCGGUCCACACAAGAGCUCUUCCUCAACUUCAUGAUCGUGCUGAUCACCGUGCUGCUCAUGUGGCUUCUUGUAAAAUCUUACCAAGAAUAAAA